UCCAUUCGGACCAGGGCUGUGCUGACAACAACGGACCCAUUGACCUGUUGGAGGAGGUGAGGGCCAUGGAGGCUCACCUGAAGGAGGAGGCCUGGAAGGUGGUACAUGCGGUGAAGGCCAUGGGCAGGAGAAGUUUGAGCCCGGUCAUGUCUAUGGGGGAAAUAGCCACCAGCUCUCUGGGAAGCCUGAGCUCAGUGGAUAUGAACACCCCUGAGGAGCUCCGUGACUACUUGGAUGUCGGGACCCCGGUCACGCCGCGUGACCCCACACCCAGGCCUACUCCCCCUCCUACCAAGCCCAGGAGCCAACUGGCUCGGCCUAUAAGGUUCCUUAGUCUGCCAAAGGCUGCCACCGGCUCAGACAAGAAGUUAGCCAGUGAGCCAAAGGACCAAAUAAAGACCAGCUUGCAGCCCCUGUCCAACCCAGAGCAGGCCCUGACUAAGACCUUCCAGCUGCUCCGCUCUGAUGACUGGGAGAAGAAGAUCGAGGGCUUGACCUCUCUCCGUGCGUUGGCUCAGAACCACAUGGACAUGAUGAUGCCUAAACUCCAUGAUAUCUGCCUUGCUAUUAUAAAUGAGGUGAAGAACCUGCGCUCUGCAGUGUCCUCUGCUGCCAUGGCCACACUGGGUGACAUGUACGCCUACCUCCAGAGGGCCAUGGACAGUGAGGUGGAGGGGGACGGCACGCGUGCUGCUGCACAAAGCCAGCGAGUCCAACACCUUCAUCCGGCAGGGCGCAAACUUUGCCCUGGGUCACAUGGUGCAGAGCUGCACCCCUACCCGUGUCAUGAAAGCCCUGCUGGUCGGUGGGCUGAG